CCAUCGGGUUCCUCCGGGAAUGAGGCGGCAGCGGGGGCCGGGGCAGCUGCGCCUGCUACUCAGCACCCAGCAUCCGGCACCGGCGCGGUCCAGACCGAGGCCAUGAAGCAGAUCCUCGGGGUAAUCGACAAGAAACUUCGGAACCUGGAGAAGAAAAAGGGUAAACUUGAUGAUUAUCAGGAACGAAUGAACAAAGGGGAGAGGCUUAAUCAAGACCAGCUGGAUGCCGUAUCUAAGUAUCAGGAAGUCACAAAUAAUUUGGAAUUUGCAAAAGAAUUACAGAGGAGUUUUAUGGCAUUAAGUCAAGAUAUUCAGAAAACAAUAAAGAAGACAGCACGCCGGGAACAGCUUAUGAGAGAAGAAGCUGAACAGAAACGUUUAAAAACUGUACUUGAGCUACAGUAUGUUUUGGACAAAUUAGGAGAUGAUGAAGUGCGGACUGACUUGAAACAAGGCUUGACUGGAGUCCCAAUCCUGUCGGAGGAGGAGUUGUCACUGUUGGACGAGUUCUACAAGUUAGUGGACCCUGAGCGGGACAUGAGCUUAAGGCUGAAUGAGCAGUAUGAACACGCCUCCAUUCACCUGUGGGACUUGCUGGAGGGGAAGGAAAAAUCUGUGUGUGGGACAACUUAUAAAGCUCUAAAGGAAAUUGUUGAGCGCGUGUUUCAGUCAAACUACUUUGACAGUACCCACAACCACCAGAAUGGGCUGUGUGAGGAAGAGGAAGCAGCCUCAGCACCUACAGUGGAAGACCAGGUCACUGAAGCUGAACCUGAGCCAGCAGAAGAAUACACCGAGCAAAGUGAAGUUGAAUCAACAGAGUAUGUAAAUAGACAAUUUAUGGCAGAAACCCAGUUCAGCAGUGGGGAGAAGGAGCAGGUAGAUGAGUGGACAGUGGAAACUGUUGAGGUGGUAAAUUCACUCCAGCAGCAACCUCAGGCUGCGUCUCCUUCAGUCCCAGAGCCCCACUCGUUGACUCCAGUGGCUCAGGCAGAUCCCCUUGUGAGAAGACAGCGAGUACAAGAUCUUAUGGCACAAAUGCAGGGGCCCUAUAAUUUCAUACAGGAUUCAAUGCUGGAUUUUGAAAACCAGACUCUCGAUCCUGCCAUUGUAUCUGCACAACCUAUGAAUCCAGCACAAAACAUGGACAUGCCCCAGCUGGUUUGCCCUCCUGUUCAUUCUGAAUCUAGACUUGCUCAGCCUAAUCAAGUUUCUGUACAACCAGAAGCUACACAGGUUCCUUUGGUUUCAUCGACGAGCGAGGGAUACACAGCAUCUCAACCCUUGUACCAGCCCUCACAUGCAACGGAGCAGCGGCCACAAAAGGAACCCAUGGAUCAGAUUCAGGCAACAAUGUCUCUAAAUACAGACCAGACUACAGCAUCCUCAUCCCUUCCUGCUGCUUCUCAGCCUCAGGUUUUCCAGGCUGGGACAAGCAAACCUUUACAUAGCAGUGGAAUCAAUGUAAACGCAGCUCCAUUCCAAUCCAUGCAAACGGUAUUCAAUAUGAAUGCCCCAGUUCCUCCUGUUAAUGAACCAGAAACUUUAAAACAGCAAAACCAGUACCAGUCCAGUUACAACCAGAGCUUCUCCAGUCAGCCUCACCAAGUGGAGCAGACAGAGCUCCAGCAAGAACAGCUUCAAACGGUGGUUGGCACUUACCAUGGUUCCCAGGACCAGCCCCAUCAAGUGACUGGUAACCACCAGCAACCUCCUCAGCAGAACACUGGAUUUCCACGUAGCAGUCAGCCUUAUUAUAAUAGUCGUGGUGUGUCCCGUGGAGGUUCUCGUGGUGCUAGAGGCUUGAUGAAUGGAUAUAGGGGCCCCGCAAAUGGAUUCAGAGGAGGAUAUGAUGGCUACCGCCCUUCAUUCUCUAACACUCCAAGUAGUGGUUAUACACAGUCUCAGUUCAGUGCUCCCCGGGACUACUCUGGCUAUCAGCGGGAUGGAUAUCAGCAGAAUUUCAAGCGAGGCUCUGGGCAGAGUGGACCACGGGGAGCCCCACGAGGUCGUGGAGGGCCCCCAAGACCCAACAGAGGAAUGCCGCAAAUGAACACUCAGCAAGUGAAUUAAUCUGAUUCACAGGAUUAUGUUUAAUCGCCAAAAACACACUGGCCAGUGUACUAUAAUAUGCUACCAGAAGAGUUAUUAUCUAUUUGUUCUCCCUUUCAGGAAAUUUAUUGUAAAGGGACUGUUUUCAUCCCAUAAAGACAGGACUACAAUUGUCAGCUUUAUAUUACCUGGAUAUGGAAGGAAACUAUUUUUACUCUGCAUGUACUGUCCUAAGCGUCAUCUUGAGCCUUGCACAUGGUAUUCAGAUUCCUCACCCUUGCUUAGGAGUAAAACACAAUAUACUUUUAUGGGGUGAUAAUAUCUCCGUAGCUAUUUGAAGUGGCUUGAACAAAAGCAAGUCUGACUCUUGGACAUUGGAUAAAAUCUACAAGUCAGCCUAGAAUUUUUCAAUGGCAAUUGAUAAAACAAGUAUUUUCCCUGAGAGGAAGAUGGAAGGAGUGGAGUGUGGUUUGCUAAAAACAACUGCAUUUCACAGCUUUUCCGGUUAAAUUGGAGCACUAAACGUUUAGAGGCGUACCAAAUUAUGCAUGGGUCCUUAGUCACACAUGGAAGGCUGGCUGGCUACCAGCUUUGACACAAGCACUGUUCAUCUGGCCAAAUGACUGUGAUUAAAAA